AUGGAUGACUUCGAUACGUCAUUGCUUCAGCAAACUCUUCCGGAAUAUUACCGGCGACUUUUUCCAUUCGAACCUCUCUGCAAAUGGUUAGCAUAUGGCGAAGAUUUGCAAGUGUCAUUUCAAAUGCGAGAGCUAGCAUUUGUUUUCGAAGAUGAUCGGCAUGCGCGAUAUCGCAGUUUUGAGGAUAGUGCGGAUUUCGAACGAGAGUUAUGCAAAGCAAACCCACAAAAGAUCGAUAUUGGUGCAGUUUACAACUAUAAACCGAAAGACCAUAAGAAAUUUGCCGAUUUUCAUCCAGUUGAACGCGAACUCAUUUUCGAUAUUGAUUUAACUGAUUAUGAUGAUAUUCGGACAUGCUGUUCAAAAGCAAAAGUAUGUAGGAAGUGCUGGAGAUGGAUAUCCAUUGCGGUUGGCAUUUUGAAUUAUCUGCUACAAAGACAUUUUGGUUUCAAACACUGCUUAUGGGUUUUCUCUGGUCGCCGGGGUAUUCAUUGCUGGGUUGCUGAUGCUGCUGCACGGAAACUUCAGAAUGCUGGUCGAAUGGCAGUUGUCGAAUAUUUAUCUCUAGUUACUGGCGGACAAAAAAUUUCAAAAGCAGCAUCAAAACGAGCGUUUGUUCAUCCUAUGAUAGAAGACGUGUACAGCUACUUGAUGCAAUGGUCACUUUCAGUUCCAGAUGUAGGUGAAUUGAUGUUAGAACAAGGUUGGAUGAGCAAUGAUGGAUUGAUGUCUUUAUUGGAUGGUUGUGUAAACGAAGAAGUUGAAAAAGAAAUCAGCGAGAUUAUAGUUGAAGUGAAAACUGUUGACUGUUUGAAGAAAAGAUGGAAUGCUUUACGAAUUAAAUUUGACAAAUAUAAACGUGCUGAACUUAAGAAAAAUGAAAUUGAAUUGUGUGAGGUAGCCAGUCCUCAAUCAUCUUUUCAUUUCCGUGGUUAUGUGCUGCAGCAUGCAUAUCCUCGUUUGGAUAUUCAUGUUUCCACAGGAAUAAAUCAUCUGCUCAAAAGUCCGUUUUGUGUACAUCCUAAAACUGGACUUAUCGCUGUUCCUAUUAAUCCGAAUCAAAUAUCUAAUAUGGAUAUCUCAAAGUUGCCUCGCAUAGACACUUUACUGCAUGAAAUUUUGAAACUGGAUCAUAAUGGUGAAACAAAAGAAGACCGGAGGAAUUUCGGUAUUAAAUUAAACAUUGUUCAUUGCGACCAUUUGUCGAGACAUUCGAAGAAUUUGUAA